AUGGAUCUCAGCGAGGAAGAGUUAACUCCUCUGGUGAUCAGAGACAGGGGAGGCAGCCAGAGGUCCAGUUCAAGCACUGUUCCUAAUCUACAAGUACACCUCUACUUCUUCCCUGCCACAAAGGAAGCAACAACUUUACACAUUACAUCUGGACAAAUAUCUGCUGAAAAUGUCUGCAUCCAAGCAGGAAAAAAAUGCGGAAUCUUGCCAGUAUACCUGAGUCUAUUCGGUUUGGCAUCUGCAGACCUCUCAUUUUGGUAUCCUCCAUCACACAUGUUUGACACUGAUGAAAACUUAAAGGUUCACUUUAGAGUCAGGUUCUUCUUUGGAAACUGGUUUAGGCAAGGACCAAGAUCUUCAUACCGCUACAGUUUGACUAGAGAUAGAAUCAGUCCAGUACUUGACUGCAGUGUCAUUGACUACCUUUUUGCUCAGCUGCGAAAUGACUUUAUUGAAAGUGAAGCAGGUGUAGCUCCGCCAUUGAGUCUCCAAGAGGAAUGCCUUGGGCUUGCAGUGCUGGACUUGUGGAGAAUGGCUAAGGAGCGUCACCAAAGUGUAAGAGAUCUCUGCAAGACUGUCAGCUACAAGUCUUGCCUUCCCAAGUCACAUCGCCAUGACAUCCAGAAACGAAACCGGCUGGACCGCUACCGAAUUCGAAACACCCUCAAGCGUUUCUUAAAGAAGCUCGGCCACUGCUCAGUAGAUGAGUGCAGCCUGAAACUCAAGUACCUGAUUGAGCUGGCUGGCAUUGAGCCUUCUCUUGGAACUGAAACCUUCCGAGUGACUCAUUCUUCUUCCAACACAACGAAAGACUCUCUUGUGCGGGUCACAGGAGAAACAGGAAUUCAAACCUGUAACCGUUCUGAUGAUGGCCUGAUUUUGCCUGGAGUUGAGUGGCAGACCUUCUGUGAUUUCCAAGAAAUCACUGACAUCAGUAUACAGAGGGUGUGCCAUGAGCAGUUACCCCAAGACAGCAGGAUGGUGAUUAUAACACGCAAGGAUGACUGCUGCUUGGAAAUCACAUUUCAGACUCUCAAAGAGGCACUUUCCUUUGUGUCUCUUGUUGACGGUUACUUCAGACUGACCACAGACUCAAACCACUUCUUCUGGCAAGACAUUGCUCCACCAAGUAUCCUGGAAGGAAUCAAAAACCACUGUCACGGCCCAAUAACAUCUGAGAUUGCAGUUAACAAACUGAAAAGGUCAGGAUCUGAAGGCGGCACCUUCCUUCUGCGGCAGAGUCCCAAAAACUAUGACAACUUUUUCCUCACUGUUUGUGUUCAGACCCCGCUUGGACUUGAUUAUAAAGACUGUCUCAUUAAUAAAAAUGAGCACUACAGUUUCUUUGGCGUCCAGAAAUCAUUUUCUAGCUUGCGAGAGCUCACCAGCCACUAUCAACACAAUAAGCUGCUGCUGGCUGAAGUACCUGUGAAGCUAACAUGCUGCUGUCCGCCCCGACCUAAAGAGCUCACAAAUUUGAUCAUCAUACGGAACUGCAGCUCUGUAGAAGCUCCAGGCUCUCCAACAGCUGAAGGGAACAAAUUUAGUCACAUCCAGUUCCACAUGAUCAGAUACGAAGACCUGAGCUGGGAUGAAAGCCUUGGAAAGGGCUCUUUCACUCAAAUCUUUAAAGGCAAAAAAAUUGACAUUCAUGAUGGGGAGAAGCGUGUGACGGAGGUUGUACUGAAGGAGCUUGAUGCCACUCACAAGAACUGCUGGGAGUCAUUCUUUGAAGCUGCCAGCUUGAUGAGUCAGAUUACACACAGACACCUCCUCCUUGUGUACGGUGUUAGUGUUCAUGGAGUAAAGAACAUCAUGGUGCAGGAGUAUGUCAAGUACGGGGCCCUUGACCUUUACUUGAAAAGAGGGAGAACUGUAUCAGUGAGCUGGAAACUUGACUUAGCCAAACAGCUCGCAUCAGCCCUCAACUUCCUGGAAGAGAAGAACAUUGUUCAUGGAAAUAUCUGCGCCAAAAAUCUCCUGCUGGCCAGAGAAGGUGACCCCUCUCAGCCCAGCUCUCCUUUCAUAAAGCUGAGUGAUCCAGGCAUCAGUUUGGCCAUGGUGGGCAAAGAUGUUAUUCUCGACAGGAUCCCCUGGGUGGCCCCGGAGGUCCUGGCAGCGCCAGAAAAACUGACCCUGGAGUGUGAUAAGUGGAGCUUUGGCGCCACUGUGUGGGAAAUCUUCAACAAUGGCAACUCCCCACUACGAGGCUGGAACCUGGAUCAGAAGCGGCAGUUUUAUGAGAGCUUCCAGCAGCUGCCUCCCUCUCAGUGGACAGAGCUUGCAGAUCUGAUCAGUCAGUGCAUGGACUACCAGGCUGAUUUCAGACCUUCUUGUCGCAGUAUUAUCCGUCAGCUCAACAGUCUCAUCACUUCAGACUAUGUGAUACUUCAUGCUACUGAGCCUGUCACACAGAGCCCUGUGAGCAGAGCCCAUUCUCAGCACGACCAGAUGCUGUUUGAGGAGAGAUACUUGCGCUACAUCUGCCCUCUGGGAAAAGGAAACUUUGGCAGUGUAGAGCUUUGCCGUUACGACCCACUGGGUGAUAACACCGGUGAGCUGGUGGCUGUGAAGAAGCUGCAGUCGAACAAGCAGUCAAACCUGGAGGACUUCCAAAAAGAGGUCAACACCCUCCGUGUCUUACACUGCGACUACAUCGUCAAAUACAAAGGAGUCUGCUACAGCAUGGGUCGCCUCAAUAUGAGUUUAGUGAUGGAGUACCUGCCCUACGGCAGCCUUAUUGGCUACCUAGAGAAUAACAGACACAACAUCAACACCAGGCGGAUGUUACUUUUUGCUUCUCAGAUUUGUAAGGGCAUGGAGUACCUGCAGAGCCUGCGCUAUGUGCACCGAGACCUUGCGGCCAGAAAUAUCCUUGUAGCCAGUGAGACGCUGGUAAAGAUUGCUGAUUUUGGGCUGACCAAAGUCAUUCCUCAUAACAAGGAGUACUACCGUGUCACACACCCUGGAGAAAGCCCCAUCUUCUGGUAUGCUCCAGAGUCCAUCACUGAGUCCAGAUUCUCCCACAAAUCAGAUGUCUGGAGUUUUGGGGUCGUUCUUCAUGAAAUCUUCACCUACUGUGACACAAGCUGCAAUCCAAAAAGACUUUAUAUGCAGGAGAUUGGGCACAAUGUGCUGGGUACAUCCAUUUCAAUGCAUCUGGCAAGUCUGCUGAAGGCUAACUGGAGGUUACCGGCUCCUCUAAACUGCCCGCCAAAGGUGUACAGUUUGAUGAGGCAGUGCUGGGCGUACGACUUUGAUGAGCGACCUUAUUUCUCCACCCUUGGAAACCAAAUUGAAACCAUCAUCCAGGACGAAAGAGAGAACCCUAAAGGCUGACAAGGAGCCUUGUUGCACCUCACAGUGGAACUUGUGAUUGAUGGCAACAGCAUGAAAGUAUGCAAUAAGUUAGUUAUUUAUUCACUGGUCAAAUGAAAAUUGAGUUCACAUAAGUGCACGUUCACAGUAGUGAAUAAGCGGUAUGCACGUAUAAACUGACAGAUAACAGGGUACACUGGCACUGAUAAGCUUUCCUUAGGCUAUUAGUAAAAGCUCUGAUAAUAAUGUUUACUUUAUGACUUUAAUAUUUUUUGCAGCAGUGUGUGGAAGGACAGUUUUGAUUCUAUUUGUGACGUAAAUAGACUGUUUACGUAUUUAGAUGUGUUGGUUGCACAAAGUUUGCCCAUUUUUAAAGUGCUUUGUUGCUCAGUAAAACUUGUAAUCCUAGAAAUAUUGUGUUAACCCAACCCAAACCUGUAAAGGUAGGCAGAUGAAAAAUAUAUGCUGCCUGGGUGUAACUUCAAUUCCCUGAGUACUUGUGUCGACCACACCCGUAAAAAAUGCAGCAAAACAUAAAUAAUGCUCUUUCCCGGAUUUAAAAUGUGUUUAUGACACUUUGACAGCCAGCAUUUCAUCAUGUAUUACAGUCUUUCUGACAGUCGAAGAUUCAUAACAUUUGGACAAGUUUAGUAUUGUGUAAAAUGCUCAAAGCUAAUAAAAUAUAUGUAUGAUUUCAGAAUCAUUUGCCCUUUUAUUCUCUUGCCAGAAAUGUGACUGAAAACAAUGUAAGGAGGGAUGUUUUUUUAAAAAAUGCAAUAUUGUAUUUGGCAAUUUACAGUGUAAUAAAGAUUUUUGUGUGUUUUGCUUUUCUAUGUGCAUGUUUACCCUUUUUUAAAAAAAAUUAAACUCUCAGGAAAUACAUUUAACUCUUUAACUUAAAAGAA